GCUGCAGCACAGUGAGCAUCAAGAUAACGGAGUGUGUGUGUGGAGAGAGAGAGGGAGGGAGGGAAGAAGGGGGAGUGUGUUUGUUUAUUAGCUCUACCUGUCGCUGUCCGGUAGGCGGUGAUACCGGGGGUGUGUGCGUGCGUGUGUGCGUGAUGGGGCGGUGCGGGGCGGAGCCGGCUCGGACAUGAGUAAAUGACGUCAGCCCCCAGGUCGCCGAGCAGUGAAACAAACAUGGCGACAGAAUGGAGCGGGCAGCAGGGUUACAUUCUCACUCUCGUUAUAUUCCUGUGGAGCGCCGUCGGUGGCCGGACGGAGACGGCGGCGGCGGCGGGGGGGUCCGGUGUCAGCGGCGGAAGGGGCGGCGGCGGCGGCAGCCAGGUGCUCGGCAUGCGGCUGGAGAGGAGCGACAAGCCGACCAGCACCAAUGACGACGGUGUCAUCCAGGUGACCGAGGAGAGCUCCGUGCAGCUCCGGUUUUACGGGGUGCAGCUCCACUCGGGCGCCUGGACGCAGAUUCGCUUCACGGAGCUGAUGGACGGCGGCGGCGGCGGCGGCGGGGGGGGCGAAGGGGAGGAUGAGGAGGAGGCGGCGGCGGCGGCGAGAGGCGGAAGCGGCACGAUGGACGCGCCGGACAGGACUUGUGCUGAUUUCACGAAAGACAUCAGCGUCGGGACCUUCAUGAACGUCAGCAGUGGCGGCACGUCGGGGCUGCUUACCGUGCACAUUAAGCCGCUGCGCAAGAGCGAGCCGCAGAAGGAGUACGCCGCGUGCACGCCGGGCGCGGAUGGGAGCAGGUGGGUGCUGCUGGGGGACAGCGAUGGCAGGCUGGUGGUGGUGGAGGAGAAGAAGUCCCUGCUGCCCAUGUGGCUGCAGCUCAUCCUCAUCUCCUUCCUGCUGGUGCUCUCUGGGAUGUUCAGCGGCUUGAACCUGGGGCUGAUGGCUUUGGACCCCAUGGAGCUGCGCAUCGUGCAGAGCUGCGGCACCGACAAAGAGAAGAAAUACGCGAGAAAGAUCGAACCCAUCCGCAGCAAAGGGAACUAUCUCCUCUGCUCUCUGCUUCUGGGCAACGUCCUGGUGAACACCACCCUCACCAUACUCCUCGACGACCUGAUCGGGUCGGGUUUGGGCGCCGUGGUGGCCUCCACCAUUGGGAUUGUGAUCUUUGGCGAGAUCGUCCCCCAGGCGCUGUGCUCCCGCCACGGGCUCGCCGUAGGGGCCAACACCAUCCUGGUAACCAAGUUCUUCAUGUUCCUCACUUUCCCGGUGUCCUUCCCCGUCAGCAAGCUGCUGGACGUCCUGCUGGGCCAGGAGAUCGGCACCGUGUACAACAGGGAGAAGCUGGUGGAGAUGCUCAAAGUGACGGAGCCCUACAACGACCUGGUCAAAGAGGAGCUGAACAUGAUCCAGGGCGCCCUGGAGCUCAGGACCAAAACUGUAGAGGAUGUGAUGACGCCCAUAGGCAACUGCUUUAUGAUCCAGGCGGACGCUGUGCUGGAUUUCAACACCAUGUCGGAGAUCAUGGAGAGCGGAUACACUCGUAUACCCGUGUACGACGACGAGAGGUCCAACAUCGUGGACAUCCUGUACGUGAAGGACCUGGCGUUUGUGGACCCGGACGACUGCACCACCCUGAAGACCAUCACCAAGUUUUACAACCACCCCGUGCACUUUGUGUUUCACGACACAAAGCUGGACGCCAUGCUGGAGGAGUUCAAGAAAGGUAAAUCCCACCUGGCCAUCGUCCAGAAAGUAAACAACGAGGGGGAGGGAGAUCCUUUCUACGAGGUGCUGGGAUUGGUCACGCUGGAGGACGUCAUCGAGGAGAUCAUCAAAUCAGAGAUCCUGGACGAGUCUGACCUUUACACUGACAACAGACACAGGAAAAAGGUGGACUCCAAUAAAAACAAGCCCGACUUCUCGGCCUUCAAGCCCAACGCUGACAGUAAAGUGAAGAUCUCUCCUCAGCUCAUGCUGGCGGCUCAUCGUUUCCUGGCUACAGAGGUAAGCCUGUUCAGCCCGUUCCAGAUCACAGAGAAAGUCUUACUGAGGGUCCUCAGACACCCAGACGUCAUCCACGAACUCAAGUUCAACGAAAGUGACAAACGCUCACCGCAGCACUUCCUUUACCAGAGGGGCAAACCUGUCGACUACUUCAUCCUCAUUCUGCAGGGGCGAGUCGAGGUGGAAGCCGGAAACGAAAACAUGAUUUUUGAAACCGGCCCGUUCUCCUACUACGGAGUCAUGGCUCUGAGCUCACCAUCACUGGCCGUCACCCCUCCUCUCUCCCCGUCAGUGGCGUCCCCCCCUCCACGACGCCUCUCUCUUAAGAGGUUUUCUGUGUUCUCUCGUUUCCCAGAGUUUCGUUCUCCGUCACACGGGGGCAACCUCAACCGCUCUGCGUCUCUGAGCUGCACUGAGCGCGCUCCAGAAAGCUGCUCCGUUGGCGGGAGCAUCACUCAGAUCCCGGGCACCCCCUUCCAGUACGUACCAGACUUCUGCGUACGUGCUCUCACGGACCUGCAGUUCGUCAAGAUCACUCGCGCUCAGUACCAGAACGGCCUCCUGGCGUCCAGGCUGGACAGCACGCCGCAGUCUCCAGAGGGCAGUCACGCUCGUCUGGACACGUCUGUCUCUUUGCCCCCCGUGACGCCACCGGGGACUCGCGCUCCGCUGCCGCUGGCCACGCCUCCUGCAAAGCGCCCGCCGUCUAACACCCGUGCCGCUCUGCCCCAAACCACCUCCACCUCCAGCCGCAGACCGAGCCAGCCUCUACCCCAAGCCCCUCCCCCUCCGAGCAACCACACCCCCCUCUCCCAAACCCCUCCGUCCGCCAUGAGUACGGCGAUGUGCACCUUUAACCCCCACCCGACUCUGACCUCCUCUAAGUCCCAGCAGCCCCCGCCCUCUGCCGGCCCAGAGAACGGACCGGGAGAGACCACCACUCUGCUCAGUGAGCAGCAGAACUGUGUGGACCCACGCAGGCCCAGCCAAACCCAGGCACACCCCCAGCCACCCGUUCACACCAUCAGUCACGCACACACUGAAAGCACCAUCUAACUAAAGUCCCUGUGGGGAAACUAAACUCCCUGUGCACUCACUCACAUGACACACGCUCGCACUACUUCCUGUUUCCUGUUUGUUCGUUGUCUCCUGAACUUUUCUGUAGACGUCUGCGGGACGCUGAGGAUCAACACAUCGCGUGUAUUUUGUAAACAGAGAUCCUCCUUUAUCCCUUCCUGCAUGUUCCCCCCUCCCGACACUGACAAAGAUCAAGACUACAAAGAGGGCAGAGGCACAGGCAACACUAGUGAGUAUGAUUACAAAUGUAGACGGAGGUGUGUGUGUGUGUGUGUGUGUGUGUGUGUGUGUGUGUGUGCUCUUAAAGGAUCAGUUCACCCAGGUUACAAAAAGACAUAUUUUCCUACUUACCUCUCGUGGUAUCUAGCCUUGCAGAUGGUUUUGGUUUUGAUCAUUUUGAGAUAUCAUCUCACUGUGAACGGUCUUCAUAGGAACUACUUUAUACAGAGGAAAUCAUCUGUGUGAAAACCGUUAACAGUGUGGAUUAUCCAGAAUAACUGGGACAUUGUUUCUGGAAAGGCAUGCUGCCGUUCAAGUCGAACUGAAAUUAAAAUGCAUUUUUGCUAAGAAAUAAGCGUAUAUAUCCAUAGUGUUUGUAUUGACCCGUGUACUGUAUUUGGUUAAGAUAGUUAUCAUCAACAAAAGGAAAUUUUAAGUUUUACUUAUUAUUUUUCUGCAGUGACGUUACAUACAUUAGUAUGUGUCGGGCGACAUUGAAAGUAGUUUUAUAUCACUUAAAUUCUAACGGCCGUACAGGCAGUUAACCAGCUGACAUUGUCAGCCUUUUCUUAUGCUGCCUUCAUGUCAUAUUACGAGUUUCCGACUUAAGUUUCCGUAAAUAGAGUUCACGUCAACUUCCAAGUUGUAAUAACGACUGGGGAAACUCAGAUUUUUCUGAAAGCUCAUAUACGUCCGACUUGGCUCGUACUAAUACAGAAGUGCCUGAAAACCAAACAAACAUGGACGCCUCACAUCAGCCAGAGGCCUUCGUGCAAUGUAAUUAAACCCAAAUUUAAUGGAUAUGGUGUUAUAUUGUCAAUGCACAGAAUAUUAAUCCUCACACGACCAACUCUGUAACCACUCGCAAGUCAUUAACAUGGGAAUCUUUCCCAUCUCUACCAUCCAUCCCAUAAGACAUGAACACAGCAGAAGUCCCAUCUGUGAUUUAUGCACUUCCAACAUUACUUUGUGUCGUAAUUUCAGGGUAUCGUAUGAAGUGCUGAGGUUACAGGACUUUUGACAGUCUGGUCAUUUACCCAUGAAAGAGAGACGGCUAAUGCUAGCUAGGUCCUCUCCUCAUGAAAGAGAGACGGCUAAUGCUAGCUAGGCCCUCUCCUCAUGAAAGAGAGAUGGCUAAUGCUAGCUAGGCCCUCUCCUCGUGAGAGACAGCUAAUGCUAGCUAGGCCCUCUCCUCAUGAAAGAGAGACAGCUAAUGCUAGCUAGGCCCUCUCCUCAUGAAAGAGAGACGGUUAAUGCUAGCUAGGCCCUCUCCUCGUGAAAGAGAGACGGCUAAUGCUAGCUAGGCCCUCUCCUCAUGAAAGAAAGAUGGCUAAUGCUAGCUAGGCCCUCUCCUCAUGAAACUGAGACGGCUAAUGCUAGCUAGGUCCUCUCCUCAUGAAAGAGAGACGGCUAAUGCUAGCUAGGCCCUCUCCUCAUGAAACAGACAACUAAUCCUAGCUAUGCCCUCUCCUCAUGAAAGAGAGACGGCUAAUGCUAGCUAGGUCCUCUCCUCAUGAAAGAGAGACGGCUAAUGCUAGCUAGGCCCUCUCCUCGUGAGAGAGAGACAGCUAAUGCUAGCUAGGCCCUCUCCUCAUGAAAGAGAGACGGUUAAUGCUAGCUAGGCCCUCUCCUCAUGAAAGAGAGACGGUUAAUGCUAGCUAGGCCCUCUCCUCGUGAAAGAGAGACUGCUAAUGCUAGCUAUGCCCUCUCCUCGUGAAAGAGAGACGGCUAAUGCUAGCUAGGCCCUCUCCUCGUGAGAGAGAGACGGCUAAUGCUAGCUAGGCCCUCUCCUCAUGAAACUGAGACAGCUAAUGCUAGCUAGGCCCUCUCCUCAUGAAAGAGAGAUGGCUAAUGCUAGCUAGGCCCUCUCCUCAUGAAACUGAGACAGCUAAUGCUAGCUAGGCCCUCUCCUCAUGAAAUAGACAGCUAAUGCUAGCUAGACCCUCUCCUCAUGAAAGAAAUAUGGCUAAUGCUAGCUAGGCCCUCUCCUCAUGAGAGAGAGACAGCUAAUGCUAACUAGGCCCUCUCCUCAUGAAAGAGAGAUGGCUAAUGCUAGCUAGGCCCUUUCCUUUAAUAACUUGAAAGAAAAGUGUAUCGUUCUCCAGUCAGUAGUGCAUCGCAGCAGUUGACAGUGCGUCUCCUAGCAACAGUUGUCUCAGUUGUCAGUUAAAUGUUGCCAUGGGAACCGCCCACUCAGAGUUCUGACGCGUAGGCACUGUUUCCACAAAUAUGUCCAAAAAAGGUUUUAUCCUAACAAUAUGCACAUUAGCUGCAGUAUCUUUACGUUACCUGACACAAAACGUGAGGAGAAUUAUUAUUUCAGUUCGACUUUAAAUUUUUUUCAAAUGCAACGCAGUAUUUCAAAGGCAGAUAUCUCAAAACCUCUGCACAUAAAACUGAAACUAUUUGCAAGUUGUGUUUUUUUGUAAUUUAUGUGAACUGACCCUUUAGGUCAUCGCUGGUAAGACAUUAACAGAAAACUCACAUUCCCACCUGGCAUGUCCAGAUCAGUGCUGUGUCCCUCAACACUGCUACACAAGUUACUGUUGAGAGGAGUCAGUUUAGUUUGUUUUUAUUUGGUUUGCCUCUCAAUUUCCAUUUAUUUUUCCAAAGAGUGAAAAACUGUAAAGUUGACUGUGAAAGUUUUAUUUUCAGGAAGUAUGAUUUUAGUCAGGUCUCGUUAAAGAACUGCAGUUUGUUUGAGUUUGUUCUGAGUGAAAGUUAAACAACCAUACCAGUGAUUUAGCAUGUUUUCGCCCAUUUAAUACAAAUCAUGAAUACUUUGCAUUACUCCUAUUUUUGCAAGCCAUGCUGCAGUUUUUAGAUUUUAGAUUUUUAACAAAAACUACACUUUAAAAAGUAUUUUUAAAAUGAAUUAUGCUAUUCCAUUUUAAUACUCAAUUAUUAAUUCACCAUUUAAAGACAGAAUAAGGAAAUAUUAAUUGGCUAAUUUAAUCAUCUUUUUAAAAUUAUUUUUUUAGUUUAAUGCACAAUCUAACGCCUAUUUAAUUACUGAAGUAAUUUAUGAAUUUAUGAACUAAUAAUAAUUCAACUCUGUAAAGAAAGUCUGCUCAUUGAUUUUGAUACCCUGCAGAAAUUAAUUGAAACAAAUAGCUGCCUGAAGAGUAGACAUAGAAAUGGAAAAGUCAGCAGUGAUAUAAAUUACACAUGAUUUGUAAUUAUGAUUGUAAUUAUUACCGGUAUGGUCCUUUAAGUCAAUAUUACUGAUGUGAAGGUUGGUUUCUUCCUGGCCUACCUCUUGAUAUGUUUUAAAUUAUUUAAUUUCCAAGAGUGAAAAUAUUUAUUUUACGUAACAUUAAUUUAUAGAUAGAGAUUUGACUUUGAUUUGUUGUUUUAUAUUUUAUUUAUUUUUUUGGAUUUCUUUUGUUUCUUGACAACACUGCAGUUUGAGUUGAAGGACGAGCUGCAUACUUCAGGUGACACUGAAGUGCGCAGACGCUGUUUAUUGUGAACGGCUUCCACUUAGCAUCUCCGCUAAAUAUUCCUCACUGUGACUAGAGCUCGGUGCGACACCAGCUCAUUCUCAAAGCUCCGCAAUGUCAAGACACGAAGAGCUGACCAAACUGGAUCUGAAGUUGCUGCAACACUGUGCAAUCGCUCACAUGAAACGAUGGACUGAUGUCAAAACUCGUGCUCGGAAGUUACGCUGGGCUUUUUUAUUUAUUUUCCGCUGAGUUGUUGUAUGUCUAAGCACGCCAUUUGGGCUCACCUUGACAAAAAAGCAGACAAGUGACAUGAAGACCGAAUCACCCAGAGCGACGAGUAGUUAAAUGCUUAAAGUUUUCAGUAGCCAGUGUGUUUGGUUUAACGAGGGCAUUUCUGUGUAUUCACUGCACAAGACUCUUAUUACAGAGUCUGACCACAUACUGCAAACUCUUUCUCUCAGAGGCUCUGGUGGGAGCCAGGAUUUUAGAAAUACUGAGGUCAUGAGUAAAAGUCCCCCAAUCCCAAAAAAAAGAGUCUUUCAUUUAAAAAAACAAAACAAAAUCAGCUGUUCAAUUAUGUUUUCUUCUAGGCUUAUAUAAUGGAGCAGUUGUUUGCUGCUUGCUGAGCGUUCGAUGAGCAGAUUAAUACCUUUCACUUCUGCUAAAUAUGAAGCUAGAGCUCAGACAGUUAGCUUAGCUUAGCACAAAGACUGGAAGCAGGUGGAAACAGCUAGCCUGACUCCCUGUGUGCCUACAAGCGCCUCUAAAGCUCACUUAUUAACGUGAAUCUUCUUUAUUCAAUCUGUGUGCAAACAGAAAUGUACAGAAACUUUUGCUUGUGAUGACAUUACAAACAAAAAGACACACUUCUCAGCCCUGGGCUAACGUAAACCCGAGGCUACAGGAAGCCCAGGCCUAGCUUAAAAGAAUAAUUUGACAUUUUGGGGAACUGCUUAUUUACUUUCUUGCCAAAAGUUGGAUGAGAAGAUUGAUACCACUCUGUUUAAAUCUAAAUAUGAACAUACAGCCAGGAGCCAGCUUAGCUUAGCAUAGCAUAAAGAGUGGAAACAGGGAAAUAGCUAGCCUGGCUCUGUCUAAGUUUCAAAAUCCGCCUGCAGGUACAAACGUCGAAGUGUUUAAACAACAAGUUACACAAGUAAUCUCCAGGAAAUCACUGCUGCCAAGAAAUGGUCCGGCGUAUAACCUCCCGUAAAACCACAACUUGUCGUUUUUACACUUCAGUUUUUGUACAGAUCCAACAAACAAGAUAUAAUGUGUUUAUUAGUGAGCGUUACAGGUGAGCGUUACAGGUGAGCGUUACAGGUGCUUUUAGGCCUUUUUUUUUUUUUUAACCUUUUGGACAGCGUGAGGCUAGCUGUUUCCUCUGCUAACCCCGUCUUGGCUGUUAUAUUAUUGUAUUUCCCUUUUUAACCUGUGUUUCACACGUGUAUUUGUUAACCUUUUAAGAGCUUGCAGUAAGCCCAGGGUUAAGGAUCGACACUUGAAUAUUGAAAAGAACCAACAGCACAAUAACCUGAUGAGAUAUUUAAUGGACAACAAUCAUUCUUCACCCUGAUUCACACUAGUGAUGUUAACCCUGUCUUAUCCCAGGGCUAAACGUAGUGUGAAAACCCCUCAUGUUGUUUCCUGCGACUGGGCAGCGUUCCUCACAAAUGUACGUAUGGUGUGUGUGUGUGUGUAUGUCCGUAUGUCAUUCCAUUGCACUUUAUACAAUGUGAAAUACAUUUUAUUGUGUGUGUAAAUGAUGCUGUUCAACCCGAGCAGACAAGGACUCGGGGGAAGUUUGGUUGUGUUCCAGUGGACUGAAGACGCAGAGAUAAAGAGAUUAACAUGAAGACGACUGUAGCAGCUCAGGCCUCACUCUCUGUGGGUGACGGGCUGAGCUCCGGUGUUAAAGCUGCUAGCAUGUAAUCUAUCUUUUUUUUCUUUCUCCUAUGUAUGCAGUGACACUGAAACUAUUUUAAGUGACUGUGAAGAUAAAUUAUUUUGUUGAUGAUAUAGUGAUUUAUUUGAAAAGAUAUAUAUAUAUAAGCUAGCACUGAUUUGAAAACACUUUAAACUCGUGAGUUACGUAGCGUAAGUAUGAAAAAGUUAAUAUUCCAAAGCAUUUCUCCUUUUGUGGGAAUAUUUUCCAAAGUGAGAAGAUCAAAGAUGAAGAAGAACAACCAGGCAAACCAGGCAAAUUGUCAGCUGGUUUGUGGUAAUUUGAUGUAUUUAAAAAAAGAUUGGGUAUGUGCACCACUAAAGCCCAAAGUCAAAUGCUAAGGGUAUAAAGGAGGUUUAUUUUCUUACCUUGAGGUCUUGUCUUGAAGGGGAUCCCAGUGUCAAAAUCUAGUUUUAAGACUGUCAUUAUUUCAGUUUUGUGCUUUCAUGUUGCAUGUUGCUUAAUUUAUUUGUGCUUUACCAAAUGACCACACAGCAAACCUGGGGCGGGGGGUUAAUGGGGCCCCAGCAGCAGCUCAUGUUUACCCCGGGGCCCCCAUACCAGGUAAAUCUGGCCAUGGAGAAGAUCAGCACUCUGUGAAAACCAUAGAUUUUAUUCAGCAGGACCAUCCAGAUGAGGAAAAACCUUCUCGUUAAAUGCAAAUAUAUAGUCUACAUAGCCUUACCCUCUAUUUAAAUAACAUUUUGACCUGCCUGCUGGUUCAUAUAGGUCUCAUGUAGCAAUUGGUCUUAUACUGGUUUCCAGUGAAGCCACUGGUUGGCUGUGUGACUACCAGUUUGUGUACUGGGAAAUGUGCAAACAAUUGUUCUACUUAUUAAUGUUGUAUUUAUUGUAAACAUUGUAUUUAUUGUUGGAUUUAUUUUGUUUAUAGGCGUGUACCUGAAGGCGUGGUUCUGUGAAACGGGCUUCCAGCUGUAAGACACAGCUUUUUAUUGGGUUGCUUUACCCAGAAACACUGUGUUCAGUUCCCUGAUUGCUGUUUGUGUUAUAUUACUGUAAAUACUCUGUACAUGAAGACAUGAAGGGCAUUUGUGUGAUGCUGAAAGAUAUGUUUAAAAUAGCUCUAUUUAUAAUGAGAGAAGAGAUGUUCAAAUAUGUUAUUUCAAGUUUUAUUUCCAUUGUUUUGCUAGGAAGGCAUUAAAUAGCAAUAAACAUUGCACAGAGUUGACCUCGAAUAAUAAUUUACUCCUCCUAUCUUCUGUAGCUUUCUUCAAUUUUUUUGUCAUCAGACGUGAUAACCAAAGCUUUUCUUUCUCAGCUUGUCUCUCCUUUCCCAUCCUUCCCCUUUCCUUUCAUCCUUGGCCAUCCUGUAUCUCCCUCGUCUCUCCUCCCACGCUCCCCUCUCACUUUUCACUCCUUUUCCUCAUUUAUUUUUCUCGCUGCCCUUAUCUCGACUCCUCUCCCGCCGCUCAGAAGUAUUGAAAUUCCUGCGGCUUUGACUGCCGGUCGGAUCUGCUAAGCCGUUUUUAUUGUUCAGACCUUUUCUAUCAUGGGACUGCAGCGGGGGAGCAGGGCUUAUCAGCACCUCCUGUAGUGUUGUUUUUAGCCCUGCAGCAGUGUGAUGAUUAGACCUGUACGAAGGUUAAAUAUUUUCUGCUUCUCGGGCCAGUCAGUUUUCCACGCUGUGUAUCAUUCACAAGUGGAUUGUUUUGAAGUUUCGUGCACGUGGAGAGAUGCAGAAAGGUGAAGAGUAGUGCCCCGCAACAUGUCUUUGCGUCUAUUAUCAUCCUUCUCAGAUAUAUUAAGGUAACGAUGUCUUUGCGCACACAGAGAUCAGGCAGGAGUUAUUAGUUGCAGGGCAGAUUUGAGAUAAUUCACGGACCUGAAAUACAAAAAUAUUUAUAGGUAAGUGUUAAAACAAUACUUAAAGUCCAGGCAAUUUGGUCUUUGGAUUCAUAAACUCUGAUACUGAAGUGAAGUUAUUUUCCCUUUUCAUUCCCCCAGGGUAUGUACUGUACAGUAGAUGCAGAAUACCUGUUUGGCAGGUUUUAAUAUUCAGACACUGCUGCAACAUGUUUGUGAUAUUUCUUUUCUUUUAUUGCGAUGGUUGAACAAAGAUGGAGGACGCACUUCCAAACAUGGAUUGUGUAACUUAAAAGCAAUGUGUACAUACUGUUUUAUAACUACUGUAAGGCAUUUAAAUCCAAGAGGUUAAUAAACCUGAGAUAUAUUUCUCUACAGAA